UUAAAAAUGGCAGUUUCCUUUCAUGAAAUUGAGUGAAGUAAGCAGUAAGCUGUUUCGGGUUUAUAUCAGGAAAUAAAGUUCUAAUUAAACACUUAUUUACUUUAUUAUUCAUUAUUCCGUACCACAUUAAUACAGCAAAAUGUUGUAUUUGGAAGAUUACUUGGAAAUGAUCGAGCAUCUACCUCAGGAAUUAAGGGACAGGUUUACAGAAAUGAGAGAAUUGGAUUUAACAGUGCAAAAUAACAUGGAUGAACUAGAAAAACGGGUAAAAAUAUUUUUUAAUGAUUGUAAGCGCUAUCCCGGUGAGUUACCGCCUGCCAUUCAAGUCGAAUUUGAUUCUGUUAAAAAAGAGUACAAAAAGACACUUGAAGACGCAGAUGAGAAGGUUCAUCUAGCGAAUCAGAUGUUUGAAUUAGUUGAUAAAUACUUACGACGGCUUGACACAGAACUCCAUAAAUUUAAAUGCGAACUAGAGGCAGACAAUAAAGGAAUAACUGAAGUUCUUGAAAAACGUUCACUGGAGUUAGAUACACCAGUUAAUUCCACAAACAUUUCGUCCCAACAACAGAAAGAAAAUAGAUAUGAAAGUUCUAGCAGCUUUAGAUAUCGGCAAAGAAGUGAAAAAAGACGUGAUAGUAGUAAUUCAAUGCAGACAUCAUUUGCGGAAAAAAGACAAGCAGUUGCCCCUAUACCUCUUGUAGAGACUCGUCAUAGUUCAAUAGGCCAAUCAACUCCCCCUGCCCAGUCUAAUGUUACUUAUAAUUUAGGACAUAUAGGGGCUGGUCCUGCCAUUGCGGCUGCGGCGUCACAAGCAAUUGCAGCCACUCAGCAGAUGCAACAAGGCAGAAGAACAGCAAGCCUCAAGGCAUCAUACGAAGCGAUUAAUACAGGAAGUCACGGUCACGAGUUUAGUAUUGGGCGUGAGUUGGCUGGAGCGGCUCAAACAGCCAUUCAGGCCAUCCAGCAAGACCAUGCAAAUAACAAAAAGAAGCAAAAGAAAUGGACAGGUGGUAGUUCUAGCAUACCCUCAGCAUCGUCAACCGUCCAACAAAUGUUAAAUGCACCUCUUGCUAGUGUUGCUCCUGAAUCUCCUUCAAUAGACGUGUCUUCACAAAGCGCAGAAGUUACUGAUGGUGAAUGGACCUAUGACCCCAACGAGCCUAGAUAUUGUCUCUGUAAUCAGGUUUCUUAUGGAGAUAUGGUAGCUUGUGAUAAUGAAGACUGUCCAACUGAAUGGUUUCAUUAUCCUUGCGUUGGUAUUACUGCACCCCCAAAAGGCAAAUGGUAUUGUCCACAGUGUUUAGCGUCAAUGAAACGUAGAGGAAGCCGAAAAAAUUGAAGGAGUUUUAAUAGAAAGAUGUAUGUAAUGAGUUUAAAAUGGCUUGUAAAAAUUUAAUGGAGGCGGGAGAACCGAACGAGAAAUCAAUGAGAGCUUUAGCUGGAAUAAAAAAAGAAAAAACGUUUCAAGGGAAAAUUCGAGAUUAAAUUUGUGAUAUAAUAAAUAUAGUGUUUAAUUUCCUAUUUAAUUCGAUAUUUUUCACUGAAACAGUAAUUAUAAAAAUAGAAGUAUUCAAAUGUCAUUGUGUUUUUAUUGUGAUUAAUAAUUUCCUAUAUAAUAUUUAAGAUCUUGUAAAAUUAUGAAAAUGUAAUAUUUAUGUAUGCUCAAGUUUUUACUCUUUAAAUAUGUAGUAUUGUAAACUGAUUUGUUACGCUUAUAAAUCAUAAAACAUGAAACACGAA